UUGGGCUAAGAGCCAAGGGGAGGUGCAGGGCAGGUGAAGAGGAGGAGGAGGGUUACUGCUCUUUCACAGAUCCUGUUUUCUUUCUGGAGCUUCAGGUUUAUAAACGUCGGGUGCUGAGUCCACAACUACGUUGACCCAACUGCUGUAGACCCAACUAAUCCGCACAGAGUUGUUAUUGCUUUUGAUGCCAUUAUCCAACAGAUUACAUGGCACCAGAAAGUGUAUCACCAGCAAUAACUUCACAAUCCACUGCCAGAACAGCAUCCUCUUCUGACAGUGACUCGGGCUGUGCAAUUGAGGAUUUCUCUGAACUUGAGGUGCCUGCAAAUCUAACAUUGGCUGCAAGUGGGGUCCGGGAACUGAAGAUCAUUAGGACACUUCUACAUUUGCUGCCCCCACAAGAUUGGGAUGAGAGAUUCUGCACAGCUCUGGGUGAGCAUGAACGGAGCGAGCUGCAGAAACUCAUUGCUCAGAGGAGACUGCAUUCUAUGCGGCACGGGGUUAUUGUACCUGUAACUCAAGAGACACCAGAUACCCUCUGUGUCAGAUGCCACUGUCAGAUCGCAGUAGGGGAUACUGCUGUGCAGUCAGAAAAGGUGCAAGAGAAGGGCCUUCAUUGGCAUCUGGGAUGUUUUGUCUGUGAAACCUGCCGCCUGCCCCUGUUGCAGUUUAUUUAUUUUCUACAGGAUGGGAGAAUCUACUGUGGCCGGCAUCAUGCAGAACUCAGCAGAUCUCGCUGUGCAGCCUGUGACCAGCUAAUAUUGUCAGAGAAAUGCAUUGUAGCAGAAGGCCAUUGCUGGCACAUGGAGCAUUUCUGUUGCUGGGAAUGUGAUGAGGUGCUUGGGGGACGUCGAUAUGUAAUGAAAGGUGGGCGACCAUUCUGCAAGGGCUGCUUCCUUCAUCUGUAUGCUGAAAGCUGUGAGGCUUGUCGGGAGCCAGUUGAUCCUGAUGGAGAUAUUGUAGCCUUUAGGGGACAGUACUGGCAUGCUUUACCCUCCUGUUUUUGCUGCACCCGCUGUAGAACAUCUCUUAAGGGAUCACGGUUUACGGUGGUUGAUAACCAAAUAUAUUGCUCAUCCUGUGCUACAGGAGAAAUCCAGAUUUUAAACAAUCACACGUGUUUUACGAAGAGCCGAACAAAAACGUCAAGUCAGCAAUACAACCUUCAGUGGGGCAGUUCUCAUUAUCAGCAUGGGCACCAGGGUUACACAACAACUGUUGCUAUAAAUAUCUCAAUGAAGGACUCGUGCUCUAUUACCGACUGUCAUGGGGGAUGUUCAGCACUGUGUAGGGACAUGACUAAUAAUGAACCUCUCCCCCAACUCCAUGAACCACAUGACGCAACUGAAGAUGAUACCAUCUCUUACUCUUCUACAUCAACUUCAUCAGACUCUGAGCCAGAGGGAUUUUUUCUAGGAACUCCUAUUCCAAAUUAUUCUCUUUCCAGGCAGAGUCCCUCUCCAGUAUGUUCGAAAAACAGCUCCUUGAAAAGGAGGCAGAUAUCAAAGAACUGUAAGGUAUCCUAAUGUCAUUGAAAGUUAAGAGAGGUUAAUAGUCUUUCUUCAGAAAAAAAAAAUUACCUUUUUAGGAUUACAACUAAUGCCCCUUGUAGAGAAACCCUUUUUUGGAAAUCCAGGUAAAGUCACAUUUGUGAUAACUUUUUUUUUUUUUUUUUUUUAAGUCAACCCUACUUAAUCUUAAAUUUAAUAAACAAAAUUGUCAGACGCAAAGGUGUGUUUAUGGUAUUCCUAAAUUUAAACUAGAAUAAAAACAUCUGAAAACUUGUAAAAUAGUUUGGAGGAGUAGCAAAAUUGUAGGCUACCAUAUUUAAAAUGCAAACAUUAUAGAGGAGGAGCACAUUUUCAGUUAGAAAUUAUGUUCUGAACACUAAAUAAAUAGUACUGGAGAAUCAACAAAUUAAUUUUGCUUACAUCCUGAAUGCUGUAGGAGUUUUGUGCUAUUAACCCAAAAAUGUGGUCACUGCAGCGUGAAAUAUGUAUUCCCCAAGUCAAAUUUCUGUGAACUGUUAAUUUGUGUUUAUUAAAGUACAAAAUGGUUAUAUUA